AUGGACAUUUGGGUCGUUUCCACCGUGGGGCUCUCAGAAUUCCUACAAGAAUCCAAUCUGAUCAUGGCCAAGUUGAAUUAUGUGGAAGGAGAUUAUAAAGAAGCUCUCAACGUCUAUGCCCGGGUGGGCCUCGACGACUUGCCGCUGACAGCCAUCCCUCCCUACAGGUUGCGGGUGAUUGCGGAGGCCUAUGCAACCAAAGGACUUUGUUUAGAGAAGUUGCCUAUUUCCUCUUCUACCAGUAACCUCCAUGUGGACCGGGAACAAGAUGUCAUCACCUGUUACGAGAAAGCAGGGGACAUUGCACUCCUGUACCUCCAGGAGAUAGAAAAGGUAAUACUUACUAAUAUUCAGAACAGAAGCCCUAAGCCUGGCCCUGCUCCCCACGAUCAAGAACUAGGUUUUUUCCUAGAAACAGGACUUCAGAGAGCCCAUGUCCUCUAUUUCAAAAAUGGAAACUUGACAAGAGGAGUUGGGAGAUUUCGCGAGAUCCUCAGAGCCGUUGAAACAAGAACAACUCAAAACCUACGAAUGACAAUAGCCAGGCAGUUGGCAGAGAUCUUGUUGCGGGGCAUGUGUGAACAGAGCUACUGGAGCCCCCUGGAGGACCCCCCGUGCCAGUCACCCCUGGAUGACCCUCUUCGGAAAGGAGCAAACACAAAAACCUACACACUCACUCGGAGAGCCCGCGUCUACUCAGGAGAGAACAUUUUCUGUCCUCAAGAAAACACUGAGGAAGCCCUGUUGUUAUUGCUGAUCAGUGAAUCAAUGGCCAACCGGGAUGCUGUGCUGAGCAGGAUACCUGAGCACAAGAGUGACCGCCUGAUCAGCUUGCAGAGCGCGUCUGUGGUCUACGACUUACUGACCAUCGCUCUGGGAAGAAGAGGCCAGUAUGAGAUGCUGUCUGAGUGCUUAGAAAGAGCCAUGAAGUUUGCCUUUGAGGAGUUCCACCUCUGGUACCAGUUUGCCCUGUCACUGAUGGCUGCUGGAAAAUCCGCACGUGCUGUGAAGGUGUUGAAAGAGUGUAUUCGUCUGAAGCCCGACGAUGCCACCAUCCCGCUCCUCGCCGCGAAGCUGUGCAUGGGCUCCCUGCACUGGUUGGAAGAGGCCGAAAAGUUUGCCAAAACUGUCGUCGAUGUGGGAGAGAAAACGUCUGAGUUCAAGGCCAAAGGCUACUUAGCUCUGGGGCUCACGUACAGUCUGCAGGCCACUGACGCUUCUCUGCGAGGGAUGCAGGAGGUCCUGCAGAGAAAGGCGCUGCUUGCAUUUCAGAGGGCCCACAACCUGUCACCUACAGAUCACCAAGCAGCUUUCUACCUGGCUCUGCAGCUUGCCAUCUCCAGACAGAUUCCAGAGGCUCUGGGUUAUGUCCGCCAAGCUCUUCAACUUCAAGGUGAUGAUGCCAACUCCCUGCACCUCCUUGCUCUCCUGCUGUCAGCACAGAAGCAUCACCACGAUGCCCUGAACAUCAUCGACAUGGCCCUCAGUGAAUAUCCAGAAAACUUUAUACUACUGUUCUCCAAAGUGAAGUUGGAGUCACUCUGCCGAGGCCCAGACGAGGCACUCCUCACCUGUAAGCACAUGUUACAGGUAUGGAAAUCCUGCUACAACCUAACCAACCCCAGUGACUCUGGACGUGGGAGCAGCCUCUUAGAUAGAACCAUUGCUGACAGACGACAGCUUAAUACAAUUACUUUGCCAGACUUCAGCGAUCCCGAGACAGGCUCCAUCCACGCCACGUCUGUAGCUGCCUCAAGAGUGGAGCAGGCCCUAUCGGAAGUGGCCUCAUCUCUGCAGAGCAGCGCCCCCAAGCAGGGUCCACUACACCCCUGGAUGACACUGGCACAGAUCUGGCUCCAUGCAGCUGAAGUCUACAUUGGCAUCGGGAAGCCUGCGGAAGCCACGGCGUGCACCCAGGAAGCUGCCAACCUCUUCCCCAUGUCCCACAACGUCCUGUACAUGCGAGGCCAGGUCGCUGAGCUCCGAGGAAACAUGGACGAAGCCCGGCGGUGGUAUGAAGAAGCCUUAUCCAUCAGCCCCACCCACGUGAAGAGCAUGCAACGAUUGGCUCUGAUCCUUCACCAGCUGGGCCGCUACAGUCUAGCAGAGAAGAUCCUCCGGGACGCCGUCCAGGUGAACUCGACAGCCCACGAGGUCUGGAACGGGCUGGGCGAGGUCCUCCAAGCCCAGGGUAACGACAGGGCAGCCACCGAGUGCUUCCUGACAGCCCUGGAGCUGGAGGCCAGCAGCCCGGCCGUGCCCUUCACCAUCAUCCCCCGCAUGCUCUGA